AUGGGAACAACACGUGUAUUCAAGUGUAAUUCUAGUGUAUCUUGGAGACCUUUUUCGUGGUUGAGAAUAGUGUUUACAGAGACGUUUGGCCCAGAAAGCUAUUUUGCGCACUCUUGUGUACAGUAUUUCGGGGCACGAGUGCCUCUUUCUUCGGAGCCCAACCAAUAUUUUCGAAUAAAAUUCAUUAAUAUAUAUCUUCAUUUCAUACCUCUCUGCGCAUUCAGCAGCCCCCUUCCCCUCGUGCUCCCCCGCUCCCUCUUCCGCCGGAAUACAGAAUCUCUCGCUCCCUCCUCCUCCCACUACGGCACGGCACCUUCACCUUCCCCUUCCUUUCCCCCCCUUCACCUUCCUUUCCCCCCCUUCCCCCACCCUUACCCCCUUCCUUUCCCCCCCUUCCCCCACCCUUCCCCCUCCUUUCCCCCCUCCCCCUUGACACCCUCAAACCCCCUUCCCUUCUCAUCAGUAUCAUCCAUAGCCUCUACGGCCGGAUUUCACCCGACCAUCGUAGCAUUGCGCCCGGGGCCCCGUCGUCUCGCCCCGCUCCCAAUGUGCCGAGACACGGAUGAGACCAAACCCAGUCAUAAAGAGGGUGAUGGUUGUAUGUCCACUUACUCCUCCUCCGUCUCCUCCUCUCCCGACUCUCCCCCACUCGCCGCGCCACAGUUCCCAUACAUCCCCGUUCCGACAUCCUACCAACUCGCCUUCCCCCUCGCCAUCGAACGAUUCUUUCAACCCAUCGACGACGCAGUCAUCCGCCAAUGUCAACGGACGACCACCAGACCCGUCUAUUCAUUCUCCAUGGCCCUCACCUUUUUCACAGCCAUAGAGUUUUUACUCGCCGCUCCCCCCACUCUUUACGCUCUCGGCUAUGACGCCGCCGCUGGCCUAGCUACAUCGGUGCUUCUCGUCCUCGGCGUCAUUAGUCAGAUGCCCAAAAAAUUCAUUUUUCGCCGGAGACCCUGGAUGGUCGGUAGGGCCCUCGCCAUACGCCAGGAUAAGACCAGCUCUUUUCCUAGCAGAGCCGUCGUUUGCGCAAGUGUCUUUUCGUGGCUAAUCGCUCAAGCACUCUAUUUGGAAGGCUUUCUGCCGGGUCAGUUGUCUCCGUUGCGCUUGUGGUUUGGAAUUGCAAUAGUUUCCAGUUUAGCUGCCUUUGCACGCAUCAAUGUCGGCGCGCACUAUCCUUCAGAUACUCUUCUCGGCUUCGUGUUGGGUUGCGUCGUCAUUAAGAUUGGCGUGUACUAUGAGCAAUUCUGGCAAGACCUCGGAUGUGGCGCCUCCUACCCCAACCCAGCGGGAUCGCAAAUCUUGUUGGAUUCGAGUGCAUCGGCUCUGAGCCAUGCGUCAUGGCAGAGGAUGGCAGUCGCCACACUGCUCGCCUAUGCAAUGACGCUUGUGUCCAUUCAGGGGUUCUGGGUAAAAUGCAGUUACGUAUACGGACUACUGCUAUCGAGCGCUGCGUUUCGAGCGGUGUUUCUGUGCUGCAGGCAGACGCCGGGUGGGGCUUGCGUGGCCGAGGUUGUGCGGCACGGGGGGUUGAAAGAGCAUGUACUAGCAACAGCAAUGUUUACAUCCCUGCUGGUAUUUGGAAUGGUGACAAAAGGGAGGAAGGGAGUACUUCGCGUCGUUAGUUUUUCACUUAUCUACUUCGGCACAAUAUUCGGCUUACUAUAUUGGCGAUUACGACCACCAUCGUCUUUGUAG